AUGUUGCAGGGCAAACCAGUGUAUACACAGCUGGUAGUGGAUCAGUUAGUACGUCCUUCACAGAUUCUGGAAUACCUGAGACUGAGCAGCAGGGACCAGAAAAAGUACCAACAGAAGAUCAGACGAAAGAGGAAAGUCAGAGUUCGGAGAGUUGUAUCAUUCCUCCUCAUCUCUUUGGAUCUGGAAACAGUAGCUCCUCCAGCUUCUGGCCAACCACUGUCCUAUGCAGAGUUUGUUGUUCAGAGCAAAAACAGGGCUCUUCAGGGAGCAGCCCAUGGACCAGAGAAACAAAGUAGGAGCGAUGUUGCAGGGCAAACCAGUGUAUACACAGCUGGUAGUGGAUCAGUUAGUACGUCCUUCACAGAUUCUGGAAUACCUGAGACUGAGCAGCAGGGACCAGAAAAAGUACCAACAGAAGAUCAGACGAAAGAGGAAAGUCAGAGUUCGGAGAGUUGUAUCAUUCCUCCUCAUCUCUUUGGAUCUGGAAACAGUAUUAUUGUCAGUCCUCGACAGAGAGGCAACCCCAUCCUAAAGUUUGUGAGAAAUGUUCCUUGGGAGUUUGGAGAAGUUGUGACAGACUAUGUUUUGGGGCGGACAACCUGUGCUCUUUUUCUCAGUGUGCGUUACCACAAUUUGUACCCGAGCUACAUCCAUGAGCGUCUAAAACAGUUGGGUCAGAGUUUCACCCUGAGAGUGUUGCUCAUCCAGGUCGAUGUGAAAGACACUCAUCAUGCACUGAAAGAGCUUGCUCGAAUAUGCAUCAUGGCUGACUGUACCCUCAUUUUGGCCCGGAGUCCUGAAGAAGCAGGCCGUUACCUUGAGACAUAUAAAUCCUACGAGAAGAAACCUGCAGAUGUUCUGAAAGAACAAGUGGAGAAAAAUUACCGGCCCCAGGUUACAGAUUGUUUAACCACAGUAAAGUCUGUCAAUAAGACAGAUGCCAUGACUCUCCUGUCUACUUAG